AUGCCGAGACACGAAGAGAUAGUCAGAGAGAUAUCUCGCGUAGUCUCGCAAUUCCACAAACUCAACCAGCCAUACCGCAUCUUCCAUGGCUCAACAAACAGCACUCGACCGCGUUUGGGGGGAAAGCAGAAUUUCGUCGACAUCAGCGCCCUCAACAAUGUGCUGCGCGUAGACCGCGGCGCCAAAACGGCCUCUGUCGAGCCCAAUGUUCCCAUGGACAAGCUGGUUGAGGCAACCCUCAAACAUGGCCUAGUGCCUCCCGUAGUCAUGGAGUUCCCCGGCAUCACUGCCGGUGGAGGCUACAGCGGCACGUCGGGCGAAUCCUCGAGUUUCAGGCAUGGAUUUUUUGAUCGUACCAUUGACUCUGUGGAGAUGGUUCUUGCGAAUGGCGAGGUUGUCAAGACGAGUGAACGCAGCAGCGACCAAAGAAAGGAUCUGUUUAAGGGUGCUGCGGGCGCUGUGGGCAGUCUCGGAAUCACGACGCUGAUUGAGCUCAAACUCAUUGAAGCCAAGAAAUUUGUGAAAGUAACCUAUGAACGAAAAUCCAGUAUAGCAGCUGCAGUCCAAGCGUUAGAAAAAGAAUCUGCAAAUCCCAAAACUGCACCAUUCGAGUACAUCGACGGCAUCCAAUUCUCGCCGGACCAUGGUGUUGUCAUCAAAGGCGAACUAACAGAUGAGAAGCCCGCCAAUGCCAAACUCCAAACAUUCAGUAACCCUUGGGAUCCCUGGUUCUAUCUACACGUGCAGGACAUCACGAAAUCGCAGGACGUGGUUACUGAGUAUGUCCCUCUAGCCGAGUAUCUGUUCCGUUACGACCGAGGCGGAUUCUGGGUUGGCGCGUCGGCGUUCAAAUAUUUCAAAUUCGUCCCGUUCAACAAGUUCACGCGCUGGUUCCUAGACGACUUCUUGCACACACGCAUGCUCUACAAGGCGCUGCACGCGAGCGGUGAGUCAAACCGAUACAUCGUCCAAGAUCUGGCACUACCCUACGAAAAUGCCGAAGAAUUCAUCGACUAUACCACCAAGACAUUCAACAUCUGGCCAUUAUGGUACUGCCCUCUCAAACAGUCCUCCACCCCAACCAUGCAUCCGCACAACACAAACACCAAAUACAGCGGACGCCUCCUGAACAUCGGCCUAUGGGGAUUUGGGCCCAACCAAACCUCCGAAUUUGUUGCCAAGAAUCGCAAUUUGGAACAUAAACUGAACCAACUAGGCGGUAUGAAAUGGCUGUAUGCACACACAUACUAUCCCGAAGACGAAUUCUGGAAACGCUUUGAUCGGAAGUGGUACGAUGCCCUACGUGAGAAGUAUUCUGCGACUACGCUGCCGAGCGUGUGGCACAAGGUAAAAGUUGUGCCGCCGGGAAAUCCGUCGAGUAUGUCGUGGCAGCAGAAGAUUACUUCGCUGUGGCCUCUUGGUGGGGUUUGGGGGAUCUGGAAGUCGAUUGCGUCGAAGGAGUAUCUGAAACAUAGGAAUGCGAUGUGGCGGACUAGACAGUGA